AAUAAUAAUAAAAACAAAAUUUAUAAUAAUAACAACAAUAAUAUUGAUAAUGAUAAUUUUCCGUUUAGCAUCAUUAAUCCUAACAAUGACGAUGGUAAUGACUUCAGUGGUAGUAGUGGUAAUGGUGGUAGCUGCAGCAGUAGUAGUGCCAGUAGUAGCAGUAGUAGUGGUGGUGGUGGUGGUAGUAAUAGUAAUAAUAAUAGUAGAAGUAGUAUUAUCCAGGAUGUCGUUCCGGUAAAAAAGGCCAGACCGUGUUGCUUUCUGUUGCGUAGUGACGUCACGACAACGUCAUCAGCCCAGCCGCAACAGCAACAUUAUUGCAGGCGGCGUUUCUACACGCAACAAUGUUUUUCGCAACAAUUUCUGUCGCAACAACAUCACCAACGACAGCAAAAUGUUGAGGAGCAUAAUCAGGAUUUCCAACAACAACAACAACGACGAGGACAUUAUCUUAAUUUUGAUCAUUAUCAAGACUUUCAACAACAACAACAACAACACAAUCAGUAUCAACAGCAACAACAAAGUUGCCAGUUUGGGCAAAAAUUUUUUCCAACAUCUCCAACGGCAUUUCAACAAAUCAUUGUACCAGCAACCACAACAGCUGCAGUAGUGGCAACAACAACAACAACAACAAAUGUGACGUCAUCAGCAAUAUAUCUGACGUCAUUUCAAGAAAUCAAUAAUAUUAACAACAACAAUAAUAAUAAUAAUAACAAUAGUUUAACCACAGCGCUAACAUUUAACUGUAAAACGAGCACCCAUCAACAACAACAACAUCAGCAACAACAGCUUUUACACCAACAGCAACAUCAACAACAAUAUAUAUAUAUAUAUAUAUAUAUAUAUAAACUUUCGUGUUGACUGACUAUGAUGAAUAUGAUUCUUUUAAUGUUUUAUUGUUGAUGUUGUUGUUGUUUUUGUUGUUGUUGUUAUGACGAUUACAUUAUAAUAAUGAUAGGAAUAAUUUUAAAUAAUUUUAAUAGUUAUAAUUAUUAUUAUAAUUGUCAUAUAAAUAUAUAUACCUAUAUAUAUUAGUCACAGUUGAAUCUCAUAUGUAGAAUGUUUUCGUUAUUCAUGAAUUUUAUGACUAUUAUUAUUAUUAUUAUUAAUUUAAUAUUUAUAUUAUUUUAUUAUUAAUAUUAUUUUAUUAUUGUUGUUUUUAUUUUAUGAUUAUUUUUUUAAUUUGGAAUUUUAAUUAAAUAUUUAUUUCGUGCGUUGGUCACUUUGAGCUGAU